AUGGACGCUUUUGCGAUCACCGAGGGCAUCAUCCCUGAGAACAGCCAGGAGGGUCCCAAUGCCGAAAAGGCCACCGCUGGGAAGUUGCCGGAAGGAGCCAACAAGUUCCAGCGCGCCAUUGCGGCCUGGAGAGGGAUCGAUUUGGCGAGUACUGUCGCAAAGCUAGAUAGUACCGCUUCGGAUAUAGUCGCCCAGCAGCGCGAUGCACUUGUCCAGCGAAAGGACCUUGCGCAGAAGACGAAGGACUUCCGGAAGCUGGACGAUGCCUCCAAACUUACGGAGUUCAAGGGCCUUCUGAAAGCCUACCAAGGGUUCAUCGAUCUCCUAACCAACCAGGGGAAAGCCUCCUCGUCCGCGUUUUUGCAACUAUACUCCUCCCUGUCGGAGGCGCCCGAUCCAUACCCCCUCCUCGAAGCAUCUGUCGAUUCCCUCGUCCAUUCCGAAGAAACCGUCCCCAAAUUGACCUCGGAGCGCGAUCGCCUGCAAGGCUCCGUCGACCGUCUCACCUCUCAGCUGGACGACACCGAAAAGCGGCUUCAAGAGGAACGGACUACAAGGAAGAAGCUGGAGGAGAACCAGGACGCUAAGAUCAAGGAGGUCGAGGAGUCGUGGUCUACGGUGCUGUCGGAGAAGACGAACAACUGGACGGCCAAGGAGAAGAGCCUUGAGGAGAAGGUCGAAAACCAGGAGCGAUUGGUCAAGGAGCUCAAGGCGAGCUACGAAGUGUCCCAACGCCUGGGCCAAGAGAAUGAGGGCGGCGAUGGCUCCCAUGGGGCCAGCGCUGCGGAGCUGGAGCUGGUUUCCGCGGAGUUGGAGAAGACGGGCUUGAGGCUGGCAGAGGUCGAGGCUAGGAAUGAGCAAUUGACGCUUGAGCUGGCUCAAUCUGUUUCCCACUCGCAAGGACAUGCGGCAUCUGUCGAAGACGACCCGUCUUAUCUUCGUCUCCAGUCCGAGAACUCCUCACUCCUACGCAAGCUGGACGCUUCCCGGUUUGAUAGAGAGUCUGAGCGGCACACGUGGGAAUCUAAAUACUCCCAAGCUGAGAGGCAGCUCACAAGCAUUACUGCGGAGAAGGAAGAGUUGCGCUCCAAAUUGGACAAGGUGGCUGACUAUGAGGAUAUCCGUCGAGAGUUGGAGAUGAUCAAGUCUAUUGAAUUUUCCCCUGGUGAUGACGACGAUGCUGGGGACCUGACAGACCCCGCAGGUUCUCCCAAUGGUGCGGCCGGCAAGACCCGGAAUAGCCUAGAGCAGCUCUUGUUGGCCAGAAAUAAGAAGUUGACGGAUGAGCUCACUAUUCUACGCGUGUCUCAUCGGGAUUUGCAGGGCCAGCUAGAAGUCCUGCGUGAUGAACUCUCGACCACCAAAGACGAGCUUGAGAAAUCCCAGAAGCUUUCCACCACGCUCGAAAAUGACCUUCUCCGCGUACAGGAGGAGGCUGCGAAUACAUUCCCGUCUUCAGCGAUGUCUGUUGCGGGUACCUACACCACCAAGCACCCUCACUCCUCCCGCAGAGGAGCGGUAUCACCCACCUCCUCCAUCAUUUCCGGCUUUGACCAGUCGGCGGCGUCUGCCAAUACGAUGGAAUCCAUUCGGGCGGGUGAGGCCGUCGGUGGUGGCUCGGGUCUUCUGCCCAUGAUUCAAGCCCAGCGGGACCGCUUCAAAAAGAAGAACUCCGAGCUUGAGGAAGAGCUAUCGAAGAUGUAUAGCACGGUAAAGUCACUCCGGCAGGAAGUUGCCUCUCUCCAAAAGGACAACCUGAGCCUUUAUGAGAAAACACGAUACGUCUCAACGUACAAUCGUGGCCCAGGCGGGUCAUCAUCGGCAUCUGCCUAUGCCAACAAGCCCAGCUCAUCCACCAUCCAUACGUCCGCGGAUACACCGUCAGGACUUUCCCUCGAUCGUUAUCAAUCCGCGUACGAAGCACAGAUCUCACCCUUUGCCGCCUUCCGUGGUCGGGAAUCUACUCGUGCCUACAAGCGCAUGAGCUUGCCGGAACGCAUCGUAUUCUCUUUAACCCGGAUCAUCCUCGCGAACCGGACUAGCCGGAACCUCUUCGCGGGCUAUUGUUUUGCGAUGCAUAUCCUAGUUUUCGCCAUGCUGUACAUGAUGAGUACCAUGGAGAUCGAGAAGCACAGCAGUGCAAGUCUAGGCGCAGCCGCCGCGGCAGUCAUGGCCGGCGGGGGGGGAGGUGGUGCUGGCAGUGGUGGUUAUAGUAGCCAGCAGCUUCAUGGCGAUGACUGGCAGCAGGAAGGAUUUAACCAUGCAGGUUAA